ACGGUGUCUUCUUUUUCUAUUAUUGUUAUUUAUAUAUCGUUACGAUCAUGGCGUGGGGUUUACCGAAAUUGCCUGGAUUAAUGUUUUCCGACCCAACAAAGACCCAACAUCAUAUACGAAGUUCGCUUCGCUAUUAUCAAGGCCAUCGGUUUCCGGACACUACGCUGCGAGGUCCCGGCGGUACAGAUACGGAUGUGGAUAGCAACGCCUUCGCCUUGCCUGAAGAUUCCGUCAACUAUGACCCAUCCCUGACGUACGGUCGCGUCAAGCAGCCAGCUCUACCAGCAGUGAUCCCUCAUUGGGUGCAUUACGACAAACGGUGUUUAAACUUUACGGCAUUUUUCAAACAACCAGUGUUCGAGAAUCCAGACGAACAUUACAGAGUGCGCGUUGUCAAUAUCGUUUAUUUCCUUGAAGAUGAUACCCUCACUGUUAUGGAACCCAGAGUUAAGAAUUCUGGCUUGUGGCAGGGAAGAAUGGUUAAACGAGGGAAGAUUCCUAAAAACGACCUCGGCGAAUAUUGGCACUGGAAAGAUCUUGAUAACGGAAAAGAUAUCUGUAUUUAUGGGAAAGUUUUUCACACUAUAUCCUGCGAUCUAUUCACUAAGGAAUGGCUGCAGUCACAAGGCGUGGAACUUUCGAAGGAGGAGGAUCUGCCGGAAGACCCGUACAAGAAGAAGGAGCGGUGGAAGUCGGUGCAGCCGCCUCAACGGGCCACCGCGCAUAACGACGCCCUGCGACGCUUCCUGGAAUAUGAGGGAAAAGUUCUUGCUUUUAACGUUGCUUGGGAUAAUAGAGACGCGGAGUACGGUGAAUUGACAGAAUACAAAAUGUUAUAUUUCCUGCAAGAUGACACUAUCUCCAUAAAGGAGCUUCACGAUAAAGCAGGCGGGAAGGAUCCAUUUCCUUUGUUAUUGAAGAAAAGGAAAAUACCUAAAAAGUGGAAGGAGAGACCAGUGAACUUUCCAUCGAUAUGUAUGGAAGUGACAGACGAAGAGGUGACAGAGUAUUACGCGCCAAAGGACUUGAUCGUCGGCGAGACGGUGUUCAUUCUGGGUCGACGCUUCCUGAUCUUCGACUGCGAUAAUUUCACCAGACACUAUUAUAAGACAAUGUUGUACAUUGAACAGCCGCCGAAAAUCCAAGUAUUUCAUGAGACGAAAAAAGAAUUUCCAAAGAGUAUACCACCACAUAUUGGUAUUGGCGCCCCAGAGGAUACACUGCAAUCUUGUUUUGGACUGAUCCCAAAACCGCCGCACAAGGAUGUCAUCAAAUACAACCUCAAUGCAAAUAAGUACCUACGUUAUCUGUGUGAACUGGACUGGAUCCACCCCGAGGACAAAGGCCGACAGUUCGUUAUAGGGUACAGCCUCGCCGACGGCACCAUCAAAAUAAGUGAAAUUCCCCGACGAAAUUCCGGAAUACGAGAGGGAAAAUUCUUGAAACCUAUGCGUUUACAAACGCCCGACUCCGAUCCUAACUUUCCAACAUAUUAUACUCCGGACAAGUUUUUCAUAGGAGCCAUAAUUCCGGUAUUCAAGCAUCGUUUCAAGAUAAUUGGCUGCGAUCUGUUCGUGUAUCGGUACAUGAGCGCAAACCCGGACAAAUUCCCGCAGGAGGUGAUAGAUAACGUGCGCAACUAUCACAUGCGGGAGGGCAACCUGAAGGAUGAGCUGCAGGAAGCGAUCCGCGACGAACAAGCAGCGGAGACCCGCGCUCAGCUGGCCAAGAUCGGUCAGGCUGCAGUAGCUGAACCGAACGCGAUGGAGCGAUGCCUCGCCGCGCUGGACGUGGUAGAGGGCAGCGCGGCGCCACCCGCCCCGCCUACACCACCGGAUACUACAGAUCGCAUCUCGUAUGAAGACUCGCUGAGGGUUGCUAGACUCAGUAACCCAACAUGCGAGAACAUACAGCCACUGAAAGGCAUCCUAAAGUCUGGUGCCGCUCGCGAGGACCACCAGAAGGUGGUGUGUUUCAGCGGUGCGGCGCCGGACGAACAUCGAGAGAAGCCGCCCAGACCAUCUUACCCGCCCGGCCAACAACCACACUUCAAUGAGGAAGAGGACUAUUGCGAGAGAUACAGAGAUGCUGAUGCUCAUGAGCGUGCUGAGCGACGUGAGCGCAAUGAGUGUCCGUACGAGAUCAUACCGAGCGAACAGGCGCAGCGGGCCACUGGGGAGGAGGUGGUCCCUAAACCACAUCUACCCGGCUAUCUGGGAACUUAUGAUGUUGAUUGCAAGGAGGUACCCAACUUCAUGCGGCUCGCUCCCGAUUCGUACGAAGCCGUAAAGAAAUACAGGCGCGAUGUGCCUGAAAUAUCGCCAGCCGCGCUCCGAGUAGCGGACUACCCUCGCGAGCCGCAUCCUGACGUGGACACUUGCGUGAACCCUCCACCUGAAGCCACGGGACCAUGCGUCAGGAAGAAGGAAGAUGUAGCCUUCGCGUGCCCACACGUUACUCCGAAGAUGCCUUGCUGCGAUCCAGAUGGACGCGAGAAAUGAUUUGAUAUUUUUAUAUGAA